CGCUAACAGCGGUGUGACAGCUAAACAUAACAGUUGGAGUGCCCCUCAAACUCUCUCUCUUUCUUUUCUAUCUGCUCUACUGCAUUGUUUCUUCCUUCUAUCAUUCGAACUCCGUACUUCACAAUUCAAGAUGUCUACUCAAACCUGGUUUGAUAGCCUUAAGAGGUCCUUCGCUGAUGUUCCCGUUAACGGAGACAACUCCAUCUCUACCACCGAGUUCCUCGAAGCCUCCGAAUCCCUCUCUACUUUGUUCGAUGUUCUCGGCUCCAAGGCUUUCGUUCCAGUCAAGAGCGAUCUCCUUGGCAACGUUAAGAAACUCAAAGACCGGCAGCUGGCUGCUCCUACUGAGUCCGAGACUGUCCAGGCUCUCUCUGUGAAUGAGCUAAAGACUAAGAAGCACACUGCCUCCGAGGGUCUGCUCUGGCUUGUCAGGGGCCUUGACUUCACUGCCCAAUCCCUCCGGCGUCACAUCGACAACACGUCCGAGAAGCUCUCCGACUCCUUCCGUGGAGCCUACGGUGUCACCCUCAGCAAGCACCACGGCUGGGCCAUGAAGCCGGUCUUCAACUUGGCCAUGGGCGCUGCUCCUGACAAUGAGUCCUUCUACAAGUCCCUUGCCUCCGUCCCGGCCAGUGGUUCUGUCCCCGACGAUAUCAAAGCGAAGAUCAAGGAACAGUUGACCCGUGAGGUGAACGCUCUGGAGAACAUCGUUUCCAUUCUGCAGAAGUUCCAGGAACAGCCCGAUGCUAAGUGGUAAAGCUGAGGCUGGGAAACAGUGUUGACUACAUUCAUCCACAACCCAUUUUCUAGUGCAUAAUAUCCCAUCGCAUGAUGCUAUAAACAUGUAUAUAGGUGGCUAUACAUACCUGAUUUCAAAAGCGAGCAGGACUUCAAUUCAGGAUACAGUUGCCUUGUGAAACAGCUCAUCAUAUUAUUCUCAAUCAUUAUACUAUUGUACAUACUA